AUGCUUGGUCUUGGAAUACUGAAAAGGUCUCAAUUGAGCCCUCUCAAACGGCAUGUCGAUGCCCUGCGAAGUGCAGUGGUCCGCCCGUCACCGCGGACCAACCUCCAGCUCUCAUUCACGAGGUUCGAGUCAAGUACGGCGAAAAAGCCAGCAAGCACUGGGCCGGCCCCGAAACCGACGCCCCCAAAACUCGCAUACCCCGAGAGACUCUGCGUCUACCAUGCCGGCACGGGGCGGGUUACCUUCCUAGCUUGUCUGAAGCUGUCCACCCUAUUCAUAUUCGCCUUCUUCGGCUUCGUCGUCACGCCCAGCUAUUUCGAAAGAGAAGGUCUUUCUACGACGGUAGCUCGCACAACAUUCUCCGCCAUAAUACCACUAGUAUUCGUGGCGUACACGACGUCUCCCUUCGUCACCUUCAUCCACAUCCGCCUGCCGCCCUUCGCCCGGCAAUCGGAGGACAUGCUGCGUCGGUUCGUGCGGACGCUGCCGCCGCAGACCGAGCUGGACAUCACGACCAUGAGCUUCAUCGCUAAGCCGCGCCUGAGCACGGUGAAGAUGUGCGAUCUCAAGCCCGCUAGCAAGAGACUGGGCAUUGUCAACAUGUUCAGAGACACGACGGCGGAGAACGCGACGAGGAGGUGGUACAUGUUCCCCGCGGUCGGAAAUUUUAAUGUCCAGAGCAACCAGAUGCCCAAGGUGGGUUGGGUCUGGGAGAGCAUGCAUGGCGCUAUUGCCAGGCAGCGAUGA